CAAACCCAUAUUUUAUCCAGAAUGGUUCAAUACUCUAAUGGCAAUGUUGGCUAAAAUAUUUGAAUCCGACUUGAAUUCUUAUUAUCACAAACUUAUCGCUUUAUAUAUAUAUACCACUUAAUAUCUUGGGUGUAUUUUGUUUUUCCGCAAAUAAGUUAUUAUAUUUACUGUAUUUCAAUAGGUUAUGAGAAGCUUUUUUUCUCCUAUAAAAUAUUUCUUAUUUCUAUUCAUACUCGUAGCAUUAGUCUAUCAUUUGUUUUACAAUCAAGGUUCAAAUAAGGAAUUAGAAAUAAUGGCUCGAUCAAAUCAUGUAAUUGUUGUUGGGACUGGUUUAGCUGGUUUAACUGCCACUUAUGAAUUGCUACAAAAAAAGGUUUCUGUUACAUUACUAGAGAAAACAAAUCAGUUUGGUGGUAAUUCAAUAAAGGCUUCAUCAGGUAUCAAUGGCGUUAAAACCUAUCAACAAACCACCUUACACAAUAUCAACGAUGAUUCAAUCGAUUCUUUUAUCAACGAUUCAAUCAAAUCUGCCAAAUCAUUAGCAAAUAAAGACUUGAUCAAUAUAUUGGCAUCAAAUUCUAAAAAUGCAGUUGACUGGCUAUCUAAAGAUUUGAAGAUUGAAUUAAAUUAUGUUGCUCAAUUGGGUGGCCAUUCACAUCCAAGAACUCAUAGAGGCUCAAAUCUACCUCCUGGAUUUGCAAUAAUCUCUGCUUUAAAGAAAUAUCUUGAAAAUUUUGAUUCAAUAAACUCAAACCAUAAUUUAAACAUAUUAAAAAAUUCAAAAGUGAUUGAGCUAAUUAAGGAGUCCAAUUCGAAUUUAAACACAAACACAAAUACAAAUAAAAUCAUUGGCUUGAAAUACCUAGAUUUAAAUUCUAAUAAAAUCAACUCGAUUUACGGACCAGUGAUUUUGGCUACUGGUGGAUUUUCGGCAGAUUUCGACUCAGAAGAUUCCUUAUUGAAACAAUAUAGAAAGGAUCUAUUAUCUUUGCCCUCAACCAACAGUGCUCAAACAACAGGCGAUGGACAAAAAUUAGCUUUGAAAGUUGGUGCAAAAUUAAUCCAUAUGGAUCAGGUUCAAAUUCAUCCCACAGGUUUUAUUGACAUCCAAGAUCCUUUAAAUAAAUGGAAAAUUCUUGCCGCUGAGGCCUUGAGGGGUGUAGGCGGAUUGCUAUUUAAUACUCAAGGCGAUAGAUUUGGCAAUGAGCUAUUAACAAGAGAUAAAGUCACAGAAUCAAUUUUCAAAAACUUUGAACAAAUAGGAAUCAACCAAGAAACUGAUAAAAAAGUUUUAAUAAUUUUAAAUGAAUCAUCGUAUAAUAAAAUGAAAAUGAAUUUUGAUUUUUACAUCAAAAGAGGUUUGCUAUUUAAAUCGUCUAUAAGAGAAUUAAAUAAACAAUUAGGAUUUUCAAAAGAAAAUAAUAAGAUUUUGAAGAAUUUAAUUCAAGUUAAUAAAUAUAUAAAUGGGAUUGAAGAGGAUGAAUUUGGUAGAACAGUUUUCAGUGAUGAACCAUUUGAUUUAUCUCAAGAAUUGGAUUCUAGUAUUUAUUAUGGAUAUUUAACGCCAGUUGUUCAUUUUACAAUGGGGGGUAUCAAAAUCGAUUCAAAUGCAAGGGUCUUGACAGAAGAUUCAAACAAUCAUGAAGUUGUGUUGAAGGGAUUAUAUGCCAUUGGAGAAGUUAGUGGUGGAGUUCAUGGAGCCAAUAGAUUGGGUGGAUCAUCACUUUUAGAAUGUGUUGUGUUUGGAAAAGUGGCAGCUCGAAGUGUUAGCGAAUAUAUAAAAUAAAUCUAAUGUACAUUUAUUAAUAAGAGAAUAUACAAUAUACAAAGUAAAUCACGGAUUAUUUUUUUCUUCUGAAACUUGUUUUGGUUUUUUUACUGUUAUUCUUUUUAUCAUUUGAAUUUGAUUUUCUCUUUUUGUCCAAGGAGGCCUUUUUUUGAGCAUCAGUUUUAGGAAUGACUUUGAAAAAGGUAUCUAAUCUGCCUUGAACGCCAGUUUUUAAAGAUUUUUUCAAUUUUUCAGCACCAUUUUUGAUACGAUCUUCAGCAAAACCAUUUUCUUUACACAUGUAGUCAACCAAGCCAGAUAGAUCAGGUUCUUCCCAUUUUAGAUUAAUUUCAUCUGAAUUUAUAACUUCUGGAUUUAAAAAUAGUUCUC